CCUCCCCCAGCCCUCCCUUCCCACGCCCCAGUGUGCUGUGGGAUAGUGGCACUAUAAAGUAUAUCCUCUCUCGGAGAAAGAUAAGAAGCCGGAGACAGGAGGGGGAUGAAGAUGGCGGACGCCAAGCAGAAGAGGAAUGAGCAGUUAAAGCGGUGGCUGGGCUCGGAAACGGACCAGGAGCCUCCUGUUCUGAAAAAGAAGAAGACGAAGGUGAAGUUCGACGAUGGCGCCGUGUUUCUGGCCGCCUGCUCAAGCGGCGAUACCGAGGAGGUGCUCCGAAUGCUUGACCGGGGCGCUGACAUCAACUACGCCAAUGUGGACGGUCUCACCGCCCUCCACCAGGCAUGCAUAGACGACAAUAUUGAAAUGGUGACUUUCCUGGUGGAGCAUGGAGCCGGCAUCAACCAGCCGGACAAUGAGGGCUGGAUCCCCCUCCACGCCGCAGCCUCCUGCGGAUACCUAGACAUCGCACAGUAUCUCAUCGCCCAGGGUGCCAGUGUUGGCGGUGUGAACAGUGAAGGUGAGACGCCUCUGGACAUCGCUGAAGAGGAGGCGAUGGAGGAGCUCCUUCAGAAUGAGAUCAACAGACAAGGGGUGGACAUCGAGGCCGCCCGGAAGGAGGAGGAGCGGAUCAUGCUGCGGGACGCCCGGCAGUGGCUCAACAGCGGCCAGAUCCAGGACAGCCGGCACGUCAAGUCCGGAGGGACGGCGCUCCACGUCGCCGCCGCGAAAGGCUACGUCGAGGUUUUAAAGCUUUUAAUCCAAACAGGGUAUGAUGUAAAUAUUAAGGACUACGAUGGCUGGACUCCGCUGCAUGCGGCCUCACACUGGGGCAAAGAGGAGGCGUGUAAGAUACUGGUGGAGGGUCUAUGCGACAUGGACCUCAUCAAUAAAAUGGGCCAGACAGCUUUUGAUGUAGCAGACGAAGAUAUUCUUGGAAACUUGGAAGAACUACAAAAGAAACAGAAUCUGCUGAUCGGUGACAAGAAAGAAGUUACGAAAUCUCCUUUGAUUGAAACGACAACCACCGGGGACAACAACCAAUCUCUGAAACCACUCAAGAGCAAAGAAACUCUGCUUCUGGAGCCGGAGAAGAUCGCCCCGCACAUCGAGGCCUUGGAGCCGGAGAAGGUGGACGAAGGAGAGGAGGGGAAGAAGGACGAAUCGAGCUGCUCCAGUGAGGACGAGGACGACGAAGAUUCAGAGUCGGAGACUGAAGCAGACAAGAGCAAGCCUUCAGCAUCGUUGAGCAACAGCACGACGCCCGCCCCCAACAGCAACACCGUGUCGCCUCCGACUAGCCCAACCAACCAGCUUGAUUGUAUUACUCCCCUCAUGCCUGUGGCGGAGCCAGGCGGUCCUGCAUUGUGGCGUCAAGGCUUGCGCAAAACUGGCAUUUCUCUAGUGCCCAAAAAACCCAUGCUCACUCAGCCUGCUGAAAAGGUCUCGACUAAAGUGGUGGAGGAGGAGAGGAAGGAGGAGGAGAGGAAGGAGGAGGAGAGGAAGGAGGAGGAGAGGAAGGACGAGUCUCCGGCAUCGUGGCGGCUGGGUUUGAGGAAGACGGGCAGCUACGGGGCGCUAGCGGAGAUCACCGCCACCAAGGAGGCUCAGCGGGAGAAGGACACGACCGGCGUGAUGCGCUCGGCCUCGAGCCCUCGCCUCUCCUCCUCUCUGGACAACAAAGACAAAGAGAAGGAAAAGGAUAAAGGAACUCGUCUGGCCUACGUGGCUCCCACCAUCCCCAGGAGACUGGCCAGUACUUCAGACAUUGACGAGAAGGAGAACAGGGACUCUACUCCUCUGAUACGGAGCGGCUCGUACACCCGGCGGCGCUGGGACGACGACCUGAAGAACAGCGACGGAACCGCCUCCACCAACCGAACCCCCAGCUACCAGCGCAGCACGUCCCACACGCUAGCACUAGGGCGGAGCGGCAGCACGCGGGACGUGCCAGCCAAGUCUUCGUCCACCUCCAGCUUGGACCCUAACGCCUGUAACACUAAACCCUGGCAGCCGCCCUCCUCCCACUACCAGUCGUACAGCAUUUACCGCAGCGGCUCCUUUGGCAGACGAUCCGAGGACCUGAGUUCCUCGACCACCUCCUCCUCUACGCCCUCCACCACCACCGCCACCACCACCACCACCACCUCAUCUGUUACCUCGCCCACAGGCCACCGCAGCCUGCUCUCCAGCCUGGGCUCCUCCUCCACUCGCACUGGCUCCACCAGUCUCACCAGCAGGUACUGGUCAGAGGAGAGUGCAGAGAGGGAAAAGGAGAAGGAGAAGGAGUCUGCUGCAGUCAUCCCCACUAUGAACACUGGCUCGACUACGACCAGCACGUCUACCACUACCACCAGCGCCAUAUCUACCACUACCACCACUGGCAUUGUCACUGGUUCUGAAAGACGCAGGUCAUACCUGACGCCAGUGCGAGACGAGGAGUCAGAGUCCCAAAGGAAAGCUCGUUCCAGACAAGCUCGACAGUCAAGGAGGUCCACCCAGGGCGUGACUCUGACUGACCUGCAAGAGGCCGAGAAAACAUUCGACAAGAGUCGUACCCCAAAGACCCGAGAGGAGGAGAAGGAGGAGAAAGAGAAGCAGGACAAGGAGAAGCAGCAGGAGGAGAAGAAGGAGAUGGAGGUGAAGGAAGACGAUUACCGAUCGAAGUACCGCAGCUUCGAAGAGAGCUACCGGCCUUCGUCUUCCUCCUCUACCUCCGCCAUUUCCACAGCCUCCACCCCGUACACUAGCACCGCGUUGUCCUCCAGCUCCCUCAACCGGCCCAACAGUCUGACGGGCAUCACCUCCUCCUACAGCCGCUCCUCCAGAGACACGGAAAAAGAAAUGGACAAAAAGGAGGAGGAGAAGGAGGGCGAGGACAAGUCCCAGCCCCGCUCCAUACGGGAUCGCAGGCGGCCCCGCGAGAAGAGGCGCUCCACUGGCGUCUCCUUCUGGACCCAUGAGGGUGACGAAAAUGACCCCGACCAGCUGUCCGGCUCGGAGGAGAGUAGCAUCAAGGGAGAGCCACAGAGCGACAGAUUGUCCAGGAACGAUAGCACUUCAUCUUUAGAUCGCAACGACAUCCUCUUCACCCGCGGCUACGGGGAGAGUCGGAGGACGUACUCGAGCCGCCUGGACCGAGACGACACCACGGACUACAAGAAGGUUUGUGAGCCGCUCUACGAACAGAUCUUAGCCGAGAACGAGAAGUUGAAGGCCCAGUUACGCGACACGGACCUGGAGCUGGCAGACUUGAAGCUACAGCUCGAGAAGGCCACGCAGAGGCAGGAACGCUAUGCCGACCGAUCACAGCUUGAGAUGGAGAAAAGGGAAAGAAGAGCUCUCGAAAGGAAGAUUUCUGAGAUGGAGGAGGAGCUUAAGAUGCUCCCAGACUUGAAAGCAGACAACCAGAGACUAAAGGACGAGAACGGAGCGCUCAUCCGAGUCAUUAGCAAGCUUUCCAAGUAGAACACCCCCCCCCCUAGUCCCCCAUGGCAGUGACUAAUGGAAUUGCACAUUUAGUUAUUAAUUGCAACAGACAUCAGAGACGAGACUUUUCUUCUUCUUCUUUUAUAUCCUCUCAGCUCUUUAUCUCCCUUUUGCUCCACCUCCACCAUCCACCCACCCCUGCGCCACCGCCUCCACUAUUCCCCACUCGACUGUGUGGCUGCUGUCCCCAUUGAACCGCUGAGUUUACAGAGCAAAAGGAGAACGCGUUGUGUGGUGAGCAUGUGAGCGCAUUGUGGGCGGGGACGCCUGCAAACUAUUUAACCAAUAAGCCUUAGUUGUACAUAACGAGAAAACGGAAAGAGAAACACUCGCAGCGCUCUCUCCUCCCCUGUCUCGGCGAUCGCCGGAGAACAGAUAUUAUCCAACGCCUGAUUUUAUUCGUGCCACGAUCUCUCUUUUUUCUUUUCUUUCUUGUGUGUGUGUGUGUGUGUUUCUUCUCCCCGUGUUAGUGUUGUGUGCUGUGCAGCCCCCCCCCUCCCCCCGCUUAACCCCCUCAAAGUGCCACUUCUACCCUGAUAUCAAAUCCUUGUGGCCCCCUCAUUUAUCCAUUCAUCCCCCCCUCACACGCACAUAUACACACAUGUACACACACCCUCUGUGUCUUCCUCCAAGAGGGAACUUUUUUGUUUGUUUUGAAAUCUCGCUUUAGCGAAACGAGGCGGACCUGGUGGAAUUUAAGCUUUCACUGUAUGUGCAAUAUGCAUUUCUUUUCUUUUUUUUUGUUUUCAAAAAAAAAAAAAAAUGCUUUAAAGAGUCAUCACAUGUAGGAUUUGUCACUCUUCCACCGCUUUCAUCGCUCACCUUCCUCUUUCUCUCUUUUUUUUUUUUUUUUUUAAGUUUGUAGUGUAUUCCGUUUAUACUCUGUAUUUCUCACUUUGUUUUAGCAGGUACUGAGUGAUGCUGUAUAUACCUGUAUGUAUUUGUUUGAGACCAGCACAUGGCAUGCGUUUAUGGCUCCCGUCUGUUACUAUUAAAAGUAUACAAAUUCCAGAGGACAAAAAGGUGUGUUUUUAAUUAUUUUUCUGUUAUAGUCUAAAGACAUUGGAUACAGUGCAGUUGGAGCCUCUCGCUCCGAUACGGGACUGUCAGGUGUUCAGCGCUACUUUUUUUUUUUUUUUUUUUUUUCCCAGUUUAAAAUAAGUGUUCACAUACUUGUGAGAUAAAGAAAAUAAUGACUUCACUACAUUUCACUUUCGUUGUGUUCAGUAACUUGGAAGAGUGCUGUUAAAUUUGUUUCCUUUUUAUUUUUUUUAUUUUGUAAACGCUGUAGUAUUAUUAGAGCCAUGGUGUUGUCACAAAAAAAGAAAAAUAAUAUCUUUAGGUAUCGCUAACCCAGUCCUUUUUACGAAUGUCUACAUGCACUGUCGAUGCCAUGUGAGGAGUCUUUAUGUCAGGUUGAAGCAUAUCACCAACGUCAAAUAUUCCAUGCAUCUGAAAACAUGUUAUGCAUUUCAGUGGCCUUUUUAAGGAUAUUUUAAGUAAAAGAAGUUACAGAAAAAGUCACUGUAGAUGGACUGAUGACUAUCUACUCUGGUUUAGACCUUUUAGUUUGUUUUUUCUUUAUUUUAUUUCCCGUCAUCUUGUAAAAUAGGUGUGUGGCUUAAUACAUGCAAGCUGUGCUGUGACUACCAACCACUGAAGAGUUCAUUAAAAAUAAACUUGUACAUUGGAAAGUU